AUGGCGACACAACAGCGCUACACCAAUAUCUACCGGGCCAAACGAGGAACGGACGAGCCCCCAUUUGUCACAACCCGGCUCGACAACAAGAGAGGGAGACGGCACGAAUAUUUCCAUACCAUCUACCUGGGUGUUCGGAGUCGUCAGAGUGCUGAGACAGAGCGCUGGCGUUACUACUGGAGGAUGGUCUACGAGUUUGCAGAUGUGAGCAUGCUCCAUCUACUGGCCACCUUUCUAGAGAGUGCUCCACAACUGGUGCUGCAGCUGUGCAUUAUCAUACAGACACACAAGCUCCAGGCUGUGCAAGGUAUGACAGCAGCAGCCUCCCUUGUCUCUCUGGCUUGGGCCCUAGCCUCCUACCAGAAGGCCCUGCGAGAGUCUCGGGAUGACAAGAAGCCAAUCAGCUACCUGGCUGUAAUUAUCCAGUUCUGCUGGCACUUUUUCACUAUUGCAGCGAGGGUCAUCACCUUUGCCCUGUUUGCAUCUGUGUUUCAACUCUACUUUGGCAUCUUCAUCGUCCUGCACUGGUGCAUCAUGACCUUCUGGAUUGUCCACUGUGAGACAGACUUCUGCAUUAGCAAGUGGGAGGAGAUUGUGUUUGACAUGGUGGUGGGCAUAAUCUACAUCUUUUCCUGGUUUAACGUCAAAGAAGGAAGGACAAGGUGUCGGCUUUUCAUCUAUUACUUGGUGAUCUUGGUGGAGAAUGCUGCUCUUAGUGCGUUGUGGUAUCUCUACCGAACGCCUCACACCACGGACGCCUUUGCAGUGCCAGCACUAUGCGUCAUCUUCAGCAGUUUCCUCACUGGAGUGGUUUUCAUGCUCAUGUACUAUACCUUUUUCCAUCCCAAUGGGCCACGCUUUGGACGCUCAUUGAGUGGCCAAGGCCUUGACCUGGACCCCACUGCUCAGUUCUCCACACUACCAUCGGAAGGUGCCACCAACUCAUUGCGCUCCAACAGAGGUGCCACCACAACUCUGGAGCGUGACAUGGGGAAGUAUUCUGAGCGGGAUGGCUGCAUGCCAGUGUUUCAGGUCCGACCCACAGUGCCAUCCACUCCAUCGUCUCGUGCUCCACGUCUUGAAGAGACUGUCAUCAAGAUUGACCUUUGUAGGAACCGCUACCCAGCCUGGGAGCGUCAUGUCCUCGACCGCAGUAUACGCAAGGCAAUUCUGGCCAUAGACUGCUCCCUGACUCCUCCACGGCUGCAGUACAAAGAUGAUGCUUUGGUGCAAGAGAGGUUGGAAUAUGAGACCACUUUAUAGUUCCACCCUGCUCUCAGAACCCAUACAGGGGUGCAGCAUCAGAUAUCACAUAAAAAGCAACAGGAAUUGUGGCAAUAAGAAUUUGUUAAUACCAACAAUGUCAGUUUUCAUCUCUGAUUCCCCCUUUUUUUCCAUUCUUCGGCAUCAGCAUCCACCCAGGUGCAUUCAGCACUCUUGGUAAUGAUUGGAAGAGUGAUUUAGCACAAGUUCAGUUGAUGUCUCUGGAUGUAUUUGGGCUCUUUGUAGGUUUGUUGCUCUAAUUUUUUUCAUCCACUCAUCAGGUAAAUCCUGUGUAGUACAAACUAAAUGCAAAUCAAGAGAGCGCUUCAACACUCUACUCCUUAAAAGAAACUGAUGCACUGUUUGCUCGAGUUUGGAAAAGUUAGGGAUAAAAUAAGCAUAUGUCCAUGUCCACUCUGAUAAAUUUUAUGUCAUUAGAUAUUCAUCUUUAACCUAAAUGAUAUCAGAAUUAAACUGAAAUUCCUGUAAUUCAACGAGGAAAGGAAUCAAUCCCGCAUUCAUUCCCAGUAGAAAACUAUCAUAUCUGUCUUUACACGUUGGUGUUCUACUGUUCUGAUUGUGUGAUCCCAUAGCAGCCACAACUUGGGGGGUGGGGUGGGGGUGGUCUAUUUCCAUCAAUAUCUACGUGAUGAUGCUGGUCACUUCUGUUCUCUUAGUGCCAAAAGGUUCCUUGGAAAUCAACCAAAUCAACUUCUGACGAUGUGGAACACCUUACAGGUGGCUGGGUAGUCCAAAACGUUCUAUUCUGGCCUUGACAUUUCAUUCCUCAUGGAUAAUUCUGGUCUGCACUGAAAGAGGGUCAGACAGAAAGUGAACUACAUGAGGACAGUGGUCAAAGUAGCAUCUAUACUCAGUCACUGUAUUUUGUCUGGACAAAAUCAACCAAACCUGGCUGGCAAGGAAGGACAGGCAGUGAGAAAGAAGGGGUGAAAGCUGGACAGACUCUUGCUCAUGGUUUUUCUCCCAUAAGGAAAGAAGUCAAACUCACACAAUGCCAAGAAAAAAUCUUCCUGGCAGCUCAACUCAACUAUUUGCAGUCGAGCCACAUAAACCUGGCUGUGCAAUGAUACUGAUCUUUGCUUGUCUGUGGGGGAGAAUGUGGAGGGGAGAGCAGAAAAAAUGAGCAAAGCACCAGGCAGCAAUGAAAAGGAGAUGACAAGAGGGGAUGAUGCAGUAAAUGGAAAUGAGUCGAGGAUGGAGGAGAAGAGAGAACACAGACAAGCAGCCAUCUCAGCCAAACUAAAUCAACCACCAGGAUGUACAGUACUCUGAUAAAACAUGCAGCAUUUUUUUACUUUAGAGAUGAUAUAGAGGGUACUGAAUACUGAAGUCAUUGUAAUUCUGUGUUGUUUUUUUUUUUGUGGUGAGGUGUGUAUGUGUUGACAAUAUGUGAUGUGUGUGUGUGUGUGUGUGUGUGUGUGGUGUUUAAACAAGAGGAGCAGCUCAGGAGGAUGGAGUUGGACACAUGAAUCAGCUCUGUGCUGUUAUGGAUCAGUGAAGGUAUACCUUGUCAUUUUGACUUUAAGUCUGCUUGUUCUUUGAUGAACAUGUUACCUUCUGGGGAAAUUGUUCCUGUUUUUGUUCUCAGUUAAUCCAGCAUUUAAUACUGUUACACCAAGCCACACUACACAAGUUAGCAUGGUGCUGGUAGUGUCAACUUGCUUGAAAGAGAAAUGUGAAGUGGAUUUUGGUAAACUGAAGUGCCACUAUGAAAGCUUGAUUCAGAACUGUCAUACCACAUAUCAAGGUCUAGAGAGAGUAACUGAUGAAAUCUAGAUAUUUUCAUGAUCUGUGCUGUAACUGCUGGCCAGGAGAUAUAUGAAUGACAUAACACACCUCUCUCUCUGUCAUGUUAGACAUGUGUUUUGCUACAUUCAAUCUUUGAGGACUCUGAUUACAACAGACACAUUCAUUAAAAAGAGCCUUGCCUUACUGAUUCAUGUGACAACGGGAAAGAAAUUAGAUGAAAACACAAAAUUUCGAUAAAAUGGUGGAUAGAGAGAUGAGGACAACACAGAUGGUAAGAUAUACUUUAGAUAGUACUUUAUCAUAGUGAGGUGGAUGUCAGCUAAGCAGUUUCUCUGACCAAAACCUGAUGAAGUAGAUGAUUAAAAUUAUAGCUUCCCUCUCAUUCACAGUACAGCACUAGUUUGAUGUUUUGCUCACCACCUUAGGACAGUUUAUUACUUGGACAGGUGAUGUCAAUGUCAAAUUCCAAUAGUAAAUAUCAAAAAUAGUUAAAUAGUUGUAAUGUGCAUCCCUUCCAUUAGAAGUAUAUAAGAAGAUUGCCUGUCAUCCAAUGAGUUUAUAUUUCUGACAUUCUUCACAUGAUGUUCAUAGUUUAAGAGAUUGGCAUGGCUGAGUUCAGAUCAACCAUCCAGUACCUGAUGACGACCAAGACUAAAGGCCAUAAAGCCUACCAGUAGUGGUGCUGAAAAUGUAAGGAUUGCCCUGAUGGUGGCAUGGAAAGAAAGAUUACCAUUAAGAAUCUUUCUGUGGAGACAUUCAAAUCAACAGCAGAUUUCAGAUUGAGCAGAUUUAAAAUCUGGGUGCGAUAGGUGGAACAGACUGUCCAUAAUGGCCAACCCCACGUCCCACAUUACCAGUCAAAUUUUCAUGGUGCCCCUUCAACAUACUGUGCAUGUAUGAAAAGCAAACCCUUAAACAUCCCAGUAAUCUGAAUCACUGAGUGUAAAGAGACUACAGACAGAAUUAAGCUGCACCAUCUACAUUAUACCAAAUUUCCUACACUUCCAACCCAAACAGCUUGACUUCAGGGAAUGCUGGGAGGCCAGAGGCAAUGACAUCAUCACAUAGAUGAACUCUUGCACAAAUCCACCCACACUGUCAAGGCAGUGCCAUUCAGAUGGUAAUAGUGUGUCUUUUACUAUUUGAAAUGUCUGCACGUUUUUUUUUUCAUGUUUUGUUACAUCACAAGUGCAAUGUCUUUUUUUUCUAAGGAUGGCAAGAAGAGAGAAAAGCACAAAACAAGUCAAUGAGAUAAUCAUGGCGUGAGACUGUAAACCUUUUCAUCCUGCUUCACCAAGCCAGCCCCAUGUGCACUGAGCUGUUGUGACCUCAUGGUCUUAUCAUUCUGUGUAUGAGAUAUUAAAUACAUAUGUUGCAGGUCAUUACAGCUGAUGACCAAGACUUUCAUGACAAAGUCAUUAUCUUGAUAUGAUUUUGGUUACAAAAAUAUAGCACUAAACAGGCAAUUAAAAAUCAUUUUUGUACAGCCCACUAUAUACAGACCACUGAGAGAACCAGGAGGAUGAGUUCCCGUGAUCCAACACUCUGGUACAUUACAGCUAUUAGUUGUGGUUCUCUCAUUAAAUAGAAAUUUAAGUGACAUCUAGUUUUAUAAUAAUUUGUUUUGUUUGUAGUGGCAAGUCAAAAAUAACACACUGGAGUAUCUUCAAUGAUUUGAACAUAAUUGUGCUAAUGAGAAGAACUCAUUAAGACACAAGUCGUAGGACCAUACCAGUGGUUUUGUAUGCUUUAGUCAAUUAACUAUGUCAUAGCUAAUCAUUUUGUAAGCCAUGCUGCAUUGUUUGAAAAUUUCUAUGUACUUUUUCUACUGUUCCAAGAGGUCACUGUUUUCCUGCAACUGCAACUCAAGAAAACGUAAUCAAUUAUUGUCAAAGUUACAUUAUUGUUGUUAGGUAAUGCAGAGCAGACUUUUCAAAUCUGUCUGCUCUUAAAUUGCACUACGCACAGUUUCACACUGGUAAUUUGUCAUGGUUUUAUUCAUUGUUGACAGUUGAAGUUGUUGACAGCUUUUAUUAUAAGUUCAAGUGUCUUUCAGUUUUGCAUCAUGGCUCAUGUAUAUGGAAUCAAAAGUAACAUAACAUAUAUACAUAGGCUCAUUUAUUUGCCUUCUUCCCACCACACAAUUGUGUGUGCGUGUUCACAUCAUUGUGUGUAGUGUUUUACUGUACUGAAGAGUUUGUAGAGAACAUUUUUGGUUGGUAGCUGUUUUGCCCACAGCUCUUUUUAAAAUAUCGUUUAACUUUAACUUAAUUUUGAUCUUGAGUUUUACUUAAAAGUGAACUCCAUCAAUUUUCCACAUCCAAAUGACCCUUUGGUGGUUGAGUUGCAUUGUGGGUAAUGUAGACAUCAGGGUUUCUUUUUUGUUUUGUUUUGUGUAGAAAAAGCACAGAUUUCAGGAUGGCACAAUACUGUUAGAGGAUGGCACACACUGUACAAGGCUGCAUUUAAACAGAACUGCAGGAUCUCAUAUUUGGCUCUUCUUUGGGGCAUGAAAAGGGACAAAUCAGCUUCUACUUGAUUUCUGCCUUAAAUGAAUUCAUUAUUUUAUUAAUAUUAACAUAAUAUACUGUGACCUUUCUUUAGUAGAAUAAAUACAGCAAAUAGCAGACAUUGAGAUAAAUGGACACUCACUGAAAGUACUGCCAGAGUUUUAAACAGACAGGAUAUCACUUGACCUGUUUGCUUGCCAGACAGAUGCUAAAAUGCAGAAGUAACUGGACAGAGUCGUGAAAUGUGUGUGAAGGUUGAAAAGCAGUAGCCUACUCUUCUGUGUAAAUGCAGCCUUACAUGUAUGUUAUUUAAAAUGGACAUUAAAGCAUUUCAUGUAUGAUUAUUUGCAGUGUCUCCCAAAUCCAGUGUAGCCUUUGUUAACUCAUCACCAUCUCUUGAAGAUAUAUACUGAUAUAUAUUAUGUAUACUGAUAUAUUCUAAACAUAAAGCUACCUCAGUUUAUUUCAUGGACAGAAUACCCUCCACCCUUUCAUCAGCAAUAUAUUUUUUUUCUGUAACACAGGCAAAGCUUUAGAUCUAACUCAGUUUCUGUGAGGAAUUUAGACUGAAUUCCCAAAAUUAAACUGAAAAUUCCAUUAGCAAAUGAUAUUCACUGUACUCUAGGGCAUAACACUGACAUAAUAAUAAUGGAAUUGAAUGAGAAAUGGACUGGCCAUUUUUAGAUUUGUAAUGUGCCAAACUGAAAUUGCAAUUUGAAAUUUUUAUUUGAAGUUUAAUUAUGUACUGGUUUUACAGAUGUCCAUUUCAUCUUAUUAAAUAGGCUUAAAUGCACUAUAUGUAAUUUUCUGCUUGCAAUCAAAACAUUAACAAAAGACAGAGCUUGGUGACAUUGUGAAGUAACGUGGGGUCAUGGAAGUUUUUUUUUUUUUUUCCUCACCACCAUUGCUGUCAGUGCUGUCAGCUUCUCCCAAUUAGAGUUCCUUCAGGUUCAGUUAUUCAGGAGAUUUUUGUGAGACAGCCAAAUUGUCUGCUUCUCCAAAUCCAACAGACCAGGUGAUUAAAACUGGUAAAAAGACUGAAUAAAGCACUUUCAUAUUAAAAAUAGUUCCAGAGAAGCUGCAAGCCGCUUAUGUUUGCUCAUCCUUCAGUUACUUUUUUCCAAGAAAUGAUUUGUUUAAUCUAAUUGUUAAAAAAUGCGGUGCUGUUAUGAAAAGGGGAAUCCUCCAUUGAUGUUCCAGGUGCUCAACUUCUCUAAUAUCUGACCCGGUGGUGGGUAUCCUGCUCACUCCAGGAAGUGUAUCAUAAAAAGGACACACAUCAACAGACUCCCUCUCUCAUUCUGGUCAUAACUUUUAUAAGCUGCUUUCUGUGUUUUGUUUGCCUUAAAGAGAAUAUAUUUCUAUUUUUGUCUUAAUUUCAAUUCCAUUAGUCAAGAUGUUGUUUGACACUGUACUAAAAGCACAGCUUGGUUUUCUGGUUAGGCUAGUGUGUGUGUGUGUGUGUGUGUGUGUGUGUGUGUGUGUGUGUGGGUGGGUGGGUGGGUUGGUGGGUGUGCGCAUGAGUGCGUGUGUUUGUGUUUGUGUGUGCGUUCUUACACUAUUCAAUAGCAUAAUGUGUCAACAGCAGUUACUGUGCUUAUACUAGGACUGAGUCAUUGUCCAACAGAGUGGUUGUAUAGACCUCAGUCCUCCAUCUUCCCAGCCUGAACAUCUCUCAGAUGAAAACCUGUGUCUAGCUGUAGGGAACGUACCUGACUGCUGAUUAUCUUUCAUUGUAACUCAUGGCAUCAGUUGUGAUAAUACUAUAAAGAAACAAGCAAUGUAGAGGAACGCUGCUGAAAAGACUCCCAUUGUGUUUGUUCAUCCUUUUGGGAAAAAUGUUUCAGUUUGGCCUUCUCUGCCUCAGUGUGUAUGUGCUGCACUUCAUCAUCUUGCACAUUAUGAAUAAGCCUGCAAACUAAGCCAUCUAUGAAUGAGAUAGUCACAGUGAAGGUUUUCACAGAUACACAAACAACUAAUUGUUUUUGGGUCAUGGUACUGAAAUCCACUUAUUGUAGGGAGUUACAUUAGCAAAACUGAAAAACACCAGGGAUAUAAUACAAACACCAAGGAUGUGAUAAUACAUUGUUAACAUAAUAUUGUACCAGUCAUACAUUGGGCCAUGUUCAAGACUUUAAUUAUUGUCAUGUUCCAAAAUUUCAAAUAGCCAUUGAUGUCAGAGAAGAGGUGGGAAACAUAUGCUCCCAUCUUUAGACAAUACCAUGUCUUUGGUCAGAAUUGUUCAGUGGUGAGAAGCCAGUUAGAGGUCAGGUCGUCAUUACUGUACAUUUACUGGUCAGUCAGGCAUCCCGAAACUGUCCUUACCGGAAGGUGAGAUUGAAUAGUAUCCCAUCAGAGGUUUCUUACCCCAACCUGAGUCAGAUAUCUGUAGUGGCCUGAGUUUAGUAAGAUCGGAAGACCAUUAUAUGGAUAAUUUUUGUUAUGGUCAUAUGUGUCUUUUUGAAAGGCUCUGAGCAAUGUCUACUUUGUCAUUUAGGUAUGAUGACUUGUUGAAGGAGACAGUGUAGGGUUGUCUACACCUUCCACAGGACAAGGGUGGGCCUUAGCAAUGACAGACACAGUACCACAAUCACACCACUCUGCUCACAUAACCAGCACAUAGCAGUCAUGUCCUGUGUUUCUACACCCUCUGUAGCUCUCUGAGAUAUGAACAGGACGUGUUUCUUGUGAGCACCUUAGCCCUUAGAGUGUCUCUGUUCACCAGCUGUAAUGGAUAAAAGCUUUGUUGUGGAGGUCUGGGCACACCAGCCAAACUCAACAGCGAAGUCAACUCUGUAACUCUUCACUCACAGUUGUCUCAUCACAGAAAAUUACUGCAUUUAAGUUGGAUAGUCAGGACAAGAUCUGUGCAGCAGCCACUGUUCCAGAAGAGAUCAUGUAGCCUUAGUACAAGCACAGUAACCAGCAAGUAAAUAAUGAUAAGAUUACAGUCACAGUUGUAUAAUCAUUCUGUACAGAUGUCUGUUUAGAGAGUUGGUUGAACAUGGAGUACCACAGACAGUGAACUGAUCAACGUAAAAGCUUAUCUGUAAAUAAAUGUAUGCAAAGUGUACAUGUUAAAAAAGAACAUUCCUCUCUUUUUGAGUUCUGACUGUGAAGGGUGUUUUUAGAGGUUUGAUGCCACCAUGAUGGCUGUAACUAUGACGAUAUGCUACAGAGAAAAAAAAAAAGAUAAAUGUGGUGUAUGUGAUGUAUUAAAAAAGAUACAAAUGUUUAAGACAAAAAAAUUGGUCUUUUUGGUAAGUUGCAUUGUGUGAUGAAAGUUCAGUGGGGAAAAAGUACAUUUUAUUGUAAAAAUAAAUCAAGAGUGAUAAACAUGAUCAAAAUGACAUUUUUGUAUAUAUGGGAUUUUUGUAAAUUUUUAUUUGAAUCUAAUGCAACACAAACUACCAAAAUUCAUUUAAUAAAGUACACUGUGGUCAUUUU